AUGGCCUUGCCGAGACUUUUCAAGAAACCAGCAGACGAGCCAGGGAAGGCAUGGCCGGCCAUCUUGAUCGGUCUGUUCGUCGCCUUUGGCGGUGUCCUCUUUGGAUAUGACACCGGAACCAUCUCUGGCAUUAUUGCCAUGCCUUUCUGGAAGCGAGAAUUCGCGACAGAAACGAAUGCCAAUGGCGAACCCAUUAUUACCGCCGCCCAGGACUCACUCAUCGUUUCCAUCUUGUCUGCUGGAACCUUCUUCGGUGCUCUAACUGCUGCGCCUGUCGGUGACCUGCUUGGUCGCCGCUUCGGCUUGAUGUUUUCCGCUGGCGUGGUCUUCAACCUAGGUGUCAUCCUGCAGACGGCUGCUACGGCUCAGGACCUGUUCAUCGCUGGCCGUUUCUUUGCGGGUUAUGGAGUGGGUCUGGUAUCUGCUCUGAUUCCCAUGUAUCAAUCCGAGACUGCGCCCAGAUGGAUCCGUGGCACCAUUGUCGGAGCAUACCAACUCGCCAUCACCAUUGGCCUUUUCCUGGCUGCCAUCGUAAAUAAUGGUACAAAGGACCGGAAUGACUCGGGGUCGUACCGUAUCCCCAUCGCCAUCCAGUUCCUGUGGGCUUUGAUUCUCGUCGUUGGUCUGCUCUUCUUGCCGGAAACCCCUCGCUACCUCAUCAAGGUGGACAAGUACGACAAGGCCGUCCGAUCACUUGCUAAGCUGCGCCGGCUUCCUGCGGACCACCCUGCCAUUGUCGAGGAGUUGAAUGAAGUGCAGGCGAACCACCUCUACGAACUGAGUCUCGGCAAGGCGUCCUACGCGGACUGCUUCCGCGGCACCGUUGGCAAGCGUCUCCUCACCGGAUGCUUGUUGCAGAUGCUUCAGCAACUCUCUGGUGUCAACUUUAUCUUCUACUACGGAACCCAAUACUUUGAGAAUGCCGGCUUCCGGAACCCCUUCAUUAUUCAAGUCAUCACCAACUCGGUUAACGUCGCUUCCACCUUCCCGGGCCUCUACAUGGUUGAGAAACUGGGUCGCCGCAACCUGCUCCUCCUCGGCGCCGUCGGCAUGUGUGUCUGCCAGUACGUCGUCGCCAUCACAGGUACCGUAGCUGGAACUACGAACCUGCCGGCGCAGCAGGCCGCCAUCGCGUUCGUGUGCAUUUACAUCUUCUUCUUUGCGAGCUCCUGGGGACCCGUGGCCUGGGUGGUUACGGGCGAGCUGUUCCCGCUCAAGGUCCGCGGCAAGUGCCUGUCCAUGACGACGGCAAGCAACUGGCUCCUGAACUGGGCCAUUGCGUACAGCACCCCUUACCUGGUCGACGAGGAGCACGCGAAUCUGCAAUCCAAGGUUUUCUUCGUAUGGGGCUCGUGCUGCUUCGUCUGUAUUGCAUUCACCUACUUCCUCAUCUACGAAACCAAGGGUCUCACUCUCGAGCAAGUCGACGAGCUCUACGGCGUCGAGAGCAAGGCGUGGAAGAGCAAGAAGUUCCGUCCCACAGUACAUUUCGCGGAUGUGACCAAGGAAGACGAACAAAGGCGUAUGAGUCUUGUAGAGAUCGCCGCGAAUCAGGAAAGGAAGAGGAGUUUGCAGGGCGAUGGACACGCGGUGCCUGUUGCUGCGGAGACGUUGACUACGGAGAAGGUUUAA